AUGGCGAUUGCUCCAACUGCUACUAUUGCUAAUAUUGCUGGUUGUUAUCCUUGUAUUGAAGGAAUUAAAUGGUUAGACCAAAGCAUUAGUCAUAAUGUUUUUAUGAGAGGAACUUCGGGUCAGAAACUUAAUGAUAUUUAUUUUGCCGCUUGGGAAAAGGGUCUCAAAACUACUUAUUAUUUACGAACUUUGGGAGCCAGUCGGAUUGAAAGUUCCACCUUAGAUGCGGCCAAAUUUGGCUUUACUCAAAAACGAGAUAACCAAGAAUGUUUCUUAAAUAGCGAUUUUAAAACAACUAAAUUAAAGAACUUAAAUAUUGAGCCGUUAUCAGUAGCCAAGUAUUUUUAUGAAAAAGGUAUCGAAGAUUACCGACUUACUCAGGACUUUCUUUACCUAACUUACUUGGAAGCCUUAAAAAAAGAAACCUCAGUUUUUCAGGAAAUGCAUGAUUACUAUAAAAAACAUAAAAGUUUUACUGGACUAUUUAAUAAAGUUGAAAAUAUAGAAGAUAAAACAGUCCGUUCUCUUUUAACCAAAGUUUACCGCGAUUAUCAAAACUCCAAAAAGAAAGAUGAGGAACAUUUUCAUCUAGUCAACUCCUCAACCAUUAGGGAAAAGAUUGCUAAAUUAGCAAAUAAUAAAUAUCUUGCCGAGGAAAGAAUUUUCCAAAUGCCCAUUGGCAAAGAGCCACGCUUAUAUGGUUAUUUAGAAAAGGUUAAGUAUACCGAUAUCUAUCUUUUUAAAGUUUUGCUUUUUGACCCUAAUCACUUAGUUUAUCCCAAAGGCAAAAUGCCUAAUCCUAAGAAUUUAACCUGUUUAUUUAGUGAAGAAGACUCUUUCACUUUUGACCUAGCUGAAUUUAACAAAGGCAAAGAAGUUCCACAAUCAUGGGGAAGUUGGGUUAAAUCGUGGAUAAAAAGCACCGAUAAAAAAUACAAAACUGGAAGAUUGAUGUUGACAGUAAGAGUAGAUCCUAGAACAGACAUAGCGGGAAUAACAGAAAAAGUAUCCGGACUUGGUAUUGAAUUAAUAGAAGGCGAUAAAGAUAAAAUUAAAGUAAAAGGUGAACAUUUGGCACAUGACAAAUCUGAUGUUUUUUUCGAAGCUCUAAUGAAUCCAAAGUGCUUAAACAAGGAAUUUGCUGUGCAAGAUUUAGACACAACCGAUUUAAAAGUUGAAGGUGAAUUCUUAAUGAUUCCAAGAAAGGCAUAUCAUAACAUUAUCCCACCCAAAUACCAUUCUUUAAGUGAUGUAUUAAAAAGUGAGGGAUUUAACUGA